AUGCGUCCCUUCAACAUGACCCUUGUUGUUCUUGCGACCGUUCGCCUUGCAAGUGGCACAGCAGUGUCAAAUGCCGAUCGGGCCAGUGUGUUGGACGUGGACGUUGUUCGCCCCUCGAAUGUUCUUGCUGCCGAGGACAAGAGAUUUCUUCGAAGUCACCAGACGACGGAUGACGAAGGCGAAAGUAACGAGCACGUCGGCGAAGAGAGGAAGGGUGGGGCUAAUUUGCUCUAUGGGCCGAAGCUGCAAAAUAUGGGGCACGAUAUAUCUUACCGCGAUAAGGUGUUCCAGCGUUGGAAAAACUAUGGAAAAUCCGUGGAAGAUGUAUCAGACCAUGUGCCAUUAUCUCUCAAACAAGCGUACGAAAUUUACUUGGGAAUGCGAAAGAAUACGGGGAAGGUGUUUGGUGAUCGCCGCCCCCUGAUCGAACCACGUUAG